GUGACAUUUGAUGAUGUGGCCUUAUAUUUUUCGGAGCAAGAGUGGGAGAUCCUGGAGAAAUGGCAGAAGGAAAUGUAUAAGCAAGAGAUGAAGACCAAUUAUGAGACCCUUGAUUCCCUGGGCUGUGCUUUUUCCAAGCCAGAUUUGAUCACAUGGAUGGAACAAGGGAGAAUGCUAUUAAUCGGAGAUCAGGAAUGCUUAGACGGAAGAAGAAUGACAAUUAGCCCUUCUGAUGAGCAGCUGCGCUUGAAGAACACUGGAAAGUCACCAUGUUUUGGUGACCAAGGAACUCUCGGGACAAAACAAGAGGAAUCCCAUUUAAAUGGUCUUCAGAAGCAUGACUCGUGUACUACCUUAUCAGGGAAGGGGAGAAAGACUCUAUCGGACCAAAGAACCACCUUCCAAUCUCCAAGUCUCCAAGAAACAGAGACUCUACAUAAAAAACUCAGUGUCACAGCAUCUAAUCAGGACAAGAAAGAUCCAUCGCAUAAGUCUCCGGAUACCCCAGGUCACUUGGAAAUUCCAGCAGGGCUGAGAUUUUAUCCGUGCCGUGUAUGUGGGAAAGUCUUCCAGGUAAAGAGUGACUUGGCAAACCACAAAAAGAGCCACUCCGAGAACCAGCCCUAUAAAUAUCCGAAGUACAAAAGCAAAUCCAGAGGGAGAUCUGAACUUAGGUGGAGCCAGAGAUUCCCGUGUAAGAAGAAACGGUUCCAGUGCGAUGAGUGUGAGAAGAGCUACUAUCUGAAGGGCAGCCUAGUCACUCACCAGGUUGUGCACACAGGACAGCGGCCCUACCCGUGCCCUGAAUGUGACAAGACCUUCCGGUAUAGAGCCAACUUGAAGAAGCACCUGUGUUUGCACAAAGGGGAGAGGCCGUUUUGCUGCAAGGAAUGCGGCAAGGGUUUCGUCGAGCAGUGUGAGCUCACCGAGCACCUCCGGCUGCACAGUGGGGAGAAGCCUUUCCGGUGUCCAGUGUGUGACAGGAGCUUCCGCCUGAAGAGAGGGAUGAAGGUCCAUCUUUCCCAGCACAGCGGGAGGAAGCCCUUCCACUGUCCAGAGUGUGGUAGAAGCUUUUCUCGGGAGGCUACCUUGAAGACACACCAGAGGACACAUAGUGAAGAGAAGCCAUUUUCUUGUGAUGAAUGUGGGAGGAAAUUCAUCUACAAGAUUAAACUCGAUGAGCAUGUCAGAGUGCACACAGGGGAAAAGCCCUUUUCUUGUCCCGAGUGUAAUAAAAGUUUCCGCCUAAAGAGAAGCCUGAAAGCCCAUCGAUUGCAGCACAGUGGGAAGAAGCCCUUCCAAUGUCCAGAGUGUAGUAAGAGCUUCUUCUGGAGGAACGCCAUGAAGGCCCACCAGCGUCUGCAUAGUGAGGAGAAGCCGUUCUCCUGCGGGGAGUGUGGCAAGAGGUUUACCCGGCCCUCCAAGCUCGCCUGCCAUAGCAGAGUCCACAGCAGGCAAAAGGAGUUCCCCUGUGGGGCGUGCAAAAAGACCUUUUCCCACCAGUCAGGGCUCACCCAGCACCUCAAGGUCCACACCACAGAAAAGCCGUUCUCCUGUGCCGAGUGCAGCCGGAGUUUCCGCCGGCGCGCGCACCUCACCGAGCACAUGCGGCUUCACAGCGGGGAGGAGCCUUUCCAGUGUCCUGAGUGUGACAAGAGCUUCUCCUGGAAGGCCUCCAUGCGGUUCCACCAGCGGACACACAGGGACGAGAAGCCUUUCAGGUGUAGCGAGUGUGGCAGGACGUACACUCAUCAGUCUCAGCUCACUGAACAUCUGAGAGUCCACAGUGGAGAGAAGCCCUACCAGUGUCCUGAAUGCGAUAAAAGUUUCCGUCUCAAAGGGAAUUUGAAAAGCCACCUGCUGCAGCACAGUGGCAAAAAGCCAUUCUCUUGUGUUAAGUGUGGCAAAAGUUUCACGCAGCAGUACAGGCUCACAGAACACAUGCGAGUCCACAGUGGUGAGAAGCCCUUCCAGUGUCCAGAGUGUGACAAGAGCUACUGCAUAAGGGGCAGUUUGAAGGUCCAUUUGUACACGCACAGUGGAGAGAGGCCCUUCCGGUGCACGGAGUGCGGCAAGGGCUUCCUGCAGAAGAGAAGUUUGAAGGCGCAUCUGUACCACCACAGUGGGGAGAGGCCUUUUUCUUGUGAUGAGUGUGGAAGGAGCUUCACGUACGUGGGGGCACUCAAGACCCACGCUGCACUGCAUGCCAAGGAAAAGCCCUCCAGUCUCUAGGUCAAACCACACGGCAGUCACGCAGUGACAUCUUUUAGGUGGAGCCAGCAGCUCUGUUAGCUCGAGGAAGGGUAAAGAAUUCUCAGAAUGCUGGCUACAGAUGCACUGGCCAGAUGCAUAGUCAGAGGGACCUGACGGCUCCUUGACAAAAGUUCCACAUGAUCCAGGCAAAGAGUCGAAGAGGAAUUUUCCUUUGAUAAGCUUCACAGACAAGGCCUGCCAGGCAUGGAAGAAACAUUGUAUGCUGAUCUGCUAGUCCAACAGAUUUUUCCAGUGCCAUCCAAG